AUGGGAGCCUUCAAUUUCAAUCUCAAUCUCAUUUCUUUUCUUCUUCUCCUUGCCCUCUUCACCUUGUAUCCUACUACAAUCAUUUCCACACAGUUGAGUUCACCAAACUCACUAGGAGAUAUUGAAUGUCAGUAUAUAAAUUGUGGGGAAGGAGUAUGCAAGGCUUCUAAUGAGACACUGCUUGGUUUUGACUGUGAAUGCAAUCCUGGUUGGAUAAAGAUUCACGUUGGUCUAUUGACCCUCCCCACUUGUGUUCCAAACUGCACGAUUAAUUUCCAGUGUGAUGAAUCUCCCUCACCACCCGCACCACCUGCUCCUCUGAUUCCGCCAAAAGGCUGUGCUCUUGUUUGGUGUGGUGAUGGAACCUGCGUAACCAAUGGAAGUGGAUACGCAUGCCAAUGCCCUCAAGGCUCAUGGAACUUGUUGGAUGUGCCAAGCUUCGCAUGCUUUAAACCAUUCACUUUGUUCUUUUCUAAACCGUAUUUUAGGUUAUCUUGGAGGAGAUUGCAAGAGCAAGGGAUUCAAUUCGCCGGAAUCGUCAAGUACUCGUAUCUCUCAAAGAAACCGUAUAUCAUGUAG